AUGGAUACCGCAAUCGACGAAUCGGCAGCUAAGGCACUAGAUCUAGCCAACAUUAGAGCGACCCUCAUCCGGCUCGAGGACACCAUCAUCUUCCACCUGAUUGAGCGUGCCUAUUUCCCCUACAACAAGGCCAUCUACACGCCAGGUACGCUCGAGGGUAUUCCCGAUGCCAACCUCAGCUUCAUGGACUGGUACUUGCGGGAGCAGGAGAGGCUGCAGGCUAGGAUCCGGCGCUUCCAGUCGCCCGACGAGCACCCCUUCUUCCCCGACACGGAGGAGGUCCAGCCCGUGCUGCAGGCUGUCGACUACCCGGACGUGCUGCACAAGAACCAGGUGAAUGUCAAUGACAAGAUCAAGACGUACUACACGGACGUCUUCCUCCCCCAGAUCUGCCCGGAUUUCGGCCGGCAAGACCGCGGCGAGAGCAACGAAAACUAUGGCUCGACGGCCACUUGUGACAUUGCCUGUCUGCAGGCCAUCUCCCGCCGCAUCCACUUUGGCAAGUUUGUGGCCGAGUCAAAGUUCCGCUCCGAGAGGGACCGCUUCACAAAGCUCAUCCAGGCCAGAGAUGGCCAGGGCAUUGGUGAUGCCAUCACCAAGCCCGAGGUCGAAAGGCAGGUUCUGAAGAGGCUGGCCCUCAAGGCCAGCACCUAUGGUAAAGACCCCGCAUCCGAAGACAAGGAGUCGCGGAUCAACGUCGACAAGGUGGUGGAAAUGUAUGAGCAGUUUGUCAUUCCGCUUACCAAGGAUGUGGAAGUGGACUAUCUCUUGACGCGACUUGAGAAUUAA